AUGGAUUACAACUUGCUGUCUACUCCACCGAAGUGUCUAGCCGACUUUAAUCUGGUUCCCAUUGGGACUGGUGAGGCUUCAAUUGCCGAAGAACUUGCAGAAGUAGAGCGACUUCUCAAACACACCGGGGUAAAGCAUACAAUGCAGACAACGGGAACAGUACUUGAGGGUACUUGGGAUGAAGUCGUGAAUGCGAUCGGCAAGGCCCAUGCUGCUGUCCAUCAACGCGGCGUGGCAAAAGUCCAGUCGGAAAUCAGGAUAGGAACCAAGAACCGAUAA